AUGACACCGUUCCAACUCGUCUACGGCAAGGCAUGCCAUCUCCCCGUAGAAUUAGAGCACAAAGCUUACUGGGCCAUUAAGCAGUUGAACUAUGACAUCAAAUCUGCGGCCGAGAACGUCUUGAUGCGAAAGUUGAAAUCCCGGUGGUCUUGCCCAUUCAAGAUCAAAUCUGUAUCAUCAAGCGGUUCCAUCGAACUAUGGGAUCAUUCCGGAAGCUCAUUCAAAACUAACGCUCAACGUCUGAAGCUCUACAACCCCGCUUUUCCAUCGGACGCGAGAGGAGUCAUCGCCCUCUCUGAUCCCGCAGAGAAAUGA